GCGGCGCGCUCGGCCCCCGGAGCUGCGCGGGGCCGAGCGAAGGGCAGGGGGUGGCAGCGGCGCCCGCCCUCUGGGCCCGAGUCGAAGCCGCCGCGGUGGCUGCAGCCGCCGGAGCCAUGUACCGCAGCGGGCCCCGCGCCUCGGGCUCGUCGCACCGGGCUAAAGACGGCGGCGGGGGCGACCUGCGUACCGGCCGCGGCCCCGGCUACUCGUCAGGCCCAGCCCGCCGUCCCUCGCCGCCGCCUCCCUCCUGCGCCCCCACGCUGCGGACCCCGGCGCGCCGGCCCCGCUCGCCCCCUGCGCACCGAAGCCGCCGGGCCUCGCCGUCUCCGCCCCGCAGCCGCCGCAGCUCCCCAUCCCCUCCGCGGGGCCGCCGACUCUUCCCGCCGGGCCCAGGCAGCUUCCGAGGCAGCAGCCGCGGCGAGCCCCGCGCUGAUUUCUCCCGGGACGGCCGCGGGGACCACGGCGGCGACAGCGGCAGCCGGAGACGCUCUCCCAGUCUGCGUUCUGAUUCUUCUUUGGAACAGAGCUUAAGGAUCACUGUUGGCAAUGACCACUUUUGUGUUAGUACACCAGAACGGCGAUGCCUUAAUGAUCGGCUGGGGUCACCAGUGGAUAAUCCGGAGGACAUGGACAGGGAUGACCUGAUUGAUGAUUCUGUCUUCACUCGACGCUCCCAAUGCUCUCGGGGUCUUGAGCAAUAUAUUUCCCAGGAGGAGAGGCCUCUUAGUCCCUUCUUGGGACAACUUGAUGAGGACUACAGAACAAGAGAAACUUUCCUGCAUCGAUCUGAUUAUAGUCCCCAUGUCAGUUGUCAUGAUGAGCUGUUGCGGGGAACAGAACGGAAUAGAGAUAAACUCAAAAGCUCCUACUCUGUUCGAUCUGAGGAAAGGAGCCGGGAGGCCAAAAGGCCCCGUUAUGAUGAUACAGAAAAGAUACACAGCAUGGAAGGGGAUCACCCAAGUUUUACAUCAGGAACUCGCAACUAUCGGCAGCGUAGACGAAGCCCAAGUCCUAGGUUUCUAGAUCCUGAGUUUCGCGAGCUGGACCUUGCCAGGAGAAAGCGAGAGGAAGAGGAACAAAGUAGGAGCUUGAGUCAGGAGCUGGUGGGAGAAGGUGACAGUGGUACUGGCUGUUCCAUCCCUGGAUUAUCAGGUUCCCUGACAGCUUCAGAGCCUGGAUAUUCUUUGCAUCGGCUGGAGGAAGUAUCUGCAAUGCCCAAGAAGUCCAUUCUGAAGAAGCGGACUGAGGUGGAUAUGGAGCCUUCUGUACAGCUUGGCAGUUUUUCCAGCAGCACCAGCACCAGCCAGGAUCACCCAGGGUACUCUGGACACUCAUCUCUUCCGCUGAGUGGUGCUAUUGCAGCUUUUGCUACAGAGAUUGAAGACAAGGGGACAACAGUGGAGGCUGCCCUGAAGGAACCUCAGGGCAACCUCUACCAAUGGGGUCCCCUCCCUGGGGUGCCCAAAGACAACAGUCCUCUCAGAGAAAAAUUUGGAAGCUUUCUGUGCCACAAAGAAAAACUGGAUUUGAAGGCUGAGGGACACACAGACUUCUUACUGCCCCAUGAGAGAGCUAGCCAGGAUGGAAGUGGGUUUUCCCGAAUUCUGAGCAUGUUGGCAGAUUCUACCAGCACACAGGAGAAAAGGCGCCGAAGCUUCCCUGACAUUGAGGAUGAGGAGAAAUUUCUCUAUGGUGAUGAAGAAGAGGACUUUAAGGCAGAGUCACCACCAAAGCCCCCUGGGAGUUCUGAGACUGAAGUUAUGAGGCAGAAGGCAAGCUCCCUGCCCUCUUCAUCUCCAGCUAUAAAGCUGGAAUCCCUAGAAGAGACCAGUCCUGAAUAUGCCAAGAUUCAUGACUUGCUAAAGACCAUAGGGCUGGAUAUUGGAGUAGCAGAGAUUAGUCAGCUGGCUGUGCGUACACAGGAGCGACUUCAUGGCAAGAAGCCAUCAUCACGCUCCACAGCUGAUCGCCGUUCCUCUGUUGACCGACACUUUUCAGCAGACCGUUGCUCUUCUGUUGACCACCGUUUCUCAGUUGAUCAGUGCUCCUCAGAUCCCCACAGGCUGGAUGACAGGGAUGUACACCAUGGCAGUGCCCACUCUCCAGAGGGGUCCCGUCCACACCCAGCCUCCCCAGUGGAUCCUUACUUGCUCACAAAACACAGCCCUCCCUUCCUAAAAUCUGACCAUCCAGUGAGUCAUGUUUCAGGACCCAAGGUGGUUGGUAGUGGGUUUCAGUCAGCUGUUGCAGUCAGGUGCGUAUUGCCCUCUGCACCAUCUACCCCGAUUAGGCUUCCCCACUCUGCUUCAUUAUCUCAGUUUCAUGUGCCACAGCCCUCUCAGUUUGCUGCCGCUCGGAUACCUCCAAACUAUCAGGGACCUGCCAUCCCUGCUGCCUCAUUUGAUGCCUAUAGGUCCUACAUGGCCUAUGCAGCUGCAAGAUGGCCCAUGUACCCUGCAUCUCAGCCAGCAAGCCCCCUUCUUCCUGAGCUACACAGAAUAAUGCCACUAACCAAACAGGCUUCUCGGAGCCGUCCCAACCUCCGUGUGAUCCCCACUGUGACUCCUGACAAGCCCAAACAGGAGGAGCCAGUGCCAGACUCAGUUCCUACUGCCCAAGUGCCUGUCCAGGUGUCCAUCCCACCACUCAUAAGAUACAACCCAGAGAAGAUCUCUGAUGAAAAGAACCGCGCCUCCCAGAAGCAGAAGGUUAUUGAAGAGAGGGAAAAACUGAAGAGUGAUCGGGAAGCCCGCCAGAAGAAAAUGUACUAUCUUAGGACUGAAUUGGAGCGACUGCAUAAACAACAAGGGGAGAUGUUACGCAAGAAGCGAAGGGAGAAGGAUGGUCACAAAGACCCACUCCUGGUGGAGGUGAGUCGGCUGCAGGAUAACAUAAUGAAGGACAUUGCAGAGCUACGGCAGGAAGCAGAAGAGGCAGAAAAGAAGCAAUCUGAACUUGACAAAGUGGCUCAGAUUUUGGGAAUUAAUAUCUUUGAUAAAUCGCAGAAAUCUUCAAAUGACAGUAAAGAGCCUGCUGAGAAGCCUGGGAAAGCAGAAAAAUCUAAGAGCCCAGAGAAAGUAUUGGCUUCCUCAAACUCUUCUAGCAAUAAGGAAUCAAAAGUAAACCAUGAGAAGUCCCAUAUUAAGAGCCCUAAGCCUGCUGAAAGCCCCCAGCCGCCUGCUAAGCAGUCUGAUCAGCCUCUUGCUAGUUACGAGUAUUAUGAUGCUAGUAACCACUGGUGCAAAGACUGCAAUACCAUCUGUGGGACCAUGUUUGACUUCUUCACCCACAUGCACAAUAAGAAGCACAUACAGACACUGGAUCCCUACCACAGACCUUGGGCUUCAAAGACCCAGAGUGAGGCCAAGCAAGAUGUCAUAAAGCGCACUGACAAGAUAACUGUUCCUGCAAAAGGCUCUGAGUUUCUGAUUCCUACCACUGGAUUUUACUGCCAACUCUGUGAAGAAUUUUUGGGGGAUCCAAUUUCUGGAGAGCAACAUGUGAAGGGUCACCAACACAAUGAGAAAUACAAGAAAUAUGUGGAUGAAAACCCAUUGUACGAGGAACGGCGGAAUCUGGACCGCCAGGCUGGCUUGGCUGUGGUCCUAGAGACAGAACGGCGACGGCAAAGUGAGCUAAAGCGCAAACUUAGGGAGAAACAAAAUGAGGAGAAAGAAAAAAAGGCAAAGGUUGUGAAGGAAACAAAGGAAGGUGAUAAGCUCUGUAUGGAAUUAGAAGACCAAGUCUCUGAGAGUUGGAACACCCCUGAAAAAGCUGAAAAUAAAAGGAAUAUGAACAUCAAACUCCAAUUAAAAGAAGUGAAGAAGGAAUCACCAACAUUAUCAUCUUUUGGGAAAUUCAGCUGGAAGAAGCCAGAAAAAGAAGAGGAAAAGAGUUCAGUGGUGGGCCCAAGUAUCCUUAAAGAAGAAACUGUGGAAAGCAGUAAGGACAAAGAAGAUGGCAAAGCUGAAACAGGGAAGGUAAAGCCCAUCAAAAUCAAGCUGUCUGGGAAAACUGUUGUUGCACAUACCAGCCCCUGGAUGCCUGUCGUGACAACUUCAACACAAACUAAAAUUCGACCCAACCUGCCUAUCCCAUCCACAGUCCUCCGCAAAUCAGGUUCAGCUUCAGUGAGCAAGCCUGCUCCUCUUAACACCUUUCUAUCCAUCAAGUCCUCUGGAACCACUGCUAAACCUCUGCCAGUGGUUAAGGAGUCUUCAGCUGAUCUUCUCUUGCCUCCAGACAUCAUCUCCAAAGCUUUUGGAGGAGAGGAGGUGAUUCUAAAAGGGUCUCCAGAAGAAAAAGUGCUGGCUGAAAAGAAUGAGCUAUCCCAUAUACCUGAGCAGAUGUUGCCACCACCACCUCCUCCUCCUCCUCCUCCACCGCCACCACCUCCACCCCCACCUCCUCCACCUCCACCACCCCCAGUUAUACUUCAUCCCACUGCUCCAUCUCCUGCUCAAGCAAAUGCUGUCUUGGCUCCAGGAAAAUCAAACUCUGCUGUAUCUCAGACUCUCAGUUCUGGCUUCCUGGGUCCUAACAUUCUGAACCCAGUGUUGCCAGUAGCUUUCAAGGCCUCAGCACAGCCAGCUGCCAUUCCUUCUGAUGAGACAGCACCCGGGGUGAGUGAAAGUGACCGAGAUCAGACCCUGUUCUCUAUGUUAGUUCGUCCUCCCCCACCCCUCUCAAGUGUGUUCAGUGAACAGGCCAAAAAGGUGGAGAAGCGAAAUUCGUGCUUAGCCACAGCCAACGCUAAGGAUCUGUAUGACAUAUUCUAUAGUAGUGGUGGAAAGGGGGCCCCUGAGACUAAGCUGAGUAGUGGGCCAUUGGCCAAUGGGGAAAAUAGCCACCUUUCUAAAACUGAAAAUUCACAUACCUCUUCCACUUCUCCCUUGACGAGCAGUGCAUCCCAAAAGGAAUUGCCUCAAGAUAGAGGGUUGGUCACUGCUUCUAUAGUCAGCAACCAUGAAAAUGCCAUUGUAAAAACUGUGGUGUCUGUAGGAAAACAGUCAGUUGUAAAGGAACUAGACCCGAAAAGCAGAGACCGUAGCUAUAGUUUCUUACAGCCUCUGACAAGGUUGUGCCAAAACAGGCCGUAUAAAACUACUACCCCAAAGACGGACACUUCAGCAACAUGGACUUCUAGCUCUUUCCAGAGUGAUGAUAGGAAUCUAGCUCCAAAGGGGCAAAUUGAACUUGACCUGGGAGAGCCAGGGCCACCUGGUAUAGACCCGGCUCCUCAGCUGUCAGGUAUACACUGUCAUACUAAGGAGUCUCAGAAAUUGGUAGAAGUUCACCUCGUAGAUUCUGGUAACCAAUAUAAGGAAAGCCAGGAGCUCCACAGCUGUAAAGAUUUUGGAGAAAGUGACAUAGAGACCAACAUUGAACUAAAAGGAAGGGUAGCAGUUAAAGAGGGAGCAAGUGCCAACACUGGGCCCCACAGCAUAGAAGACUCUAAUUUGAACCAUGGGAAUAGAUAUAUGUGGGAGGGAGAAGUAGAACAGCCAGAGUUGCUAAUGAUUGGCAAAGAAGCUGAACAGUCUAAGAAAUUAAUGACAGGACAUGAAACUCCAAGUAAAGUAAUCAUUGAAUCGAGUGCACAGGCUCUCUCUUCUACAAAGGCAAAAAUAGAUCCAUUUCCAUCGGAAGAUAAGUCUUUACUCCAGCACUCACAAGAUAAACUUGGGAAAAUUUCCACCCCAGAAUUGUUUCUUCAGUAUCCAUCAAGAUCAGAUGCAUGUUUAACAGAUAGUCCCUGGGAGCAAGGAGUUUCAGGUGGUAGUGAAAAGUGGCUAGAAAAUUCAGCUGCAGAAUUAGCUCCCAGAACUUCUAGGUACAGAAGUCUCAAACUCCAAAGAGAAUUAUCAAAAGAUUUUCAAGGUAAAAUGAUCUAUGAGCUGGCCAUUUGGGAUGAGAACAAGAGCCCAGAGAAAACUAAAGUGGAAACUGUAAAGCUACGAGAUGUUCAUUCAGAAUUAACAGCAACAAUAGAAAGCAAGGCCUUAGCAGACCUUGAAGCUACACACUUAAAAGUAAAGAAUCUUGGUGCCCUGGGGAAUCUGGGAGAUACGCGUGUUGAUAUCUGUGAUACUCGGGUAGACCUAGGACAUAGACCCCCAACUACCCUGUCUCAGAAAGCAUGUGAAGAAAAUUCUGUAUCACCUACAGGAUAUAAUUCCUCUACCCGCAGCGACUUUGAAGGAGUCUCAUCUUUUUCUGGGUUUCCAUUAGGUUCUCCCAAAACCCUGGUGCUUAACUUUGCAACACAGGGUGAACACAAUUCCUCUAAUCCCAGAAGUGGGAGGAUCACUUCUCCGAACAUUGUGAAAACUGGACUUCCUACAGAAAAAGUUGACUCUGCUUUGGGCAGCCUAGAGAGAACACAUCAGGCCCUUGACCUCUUGUCAGGGGGAAGGCUACAUGAAGAAGUAGAAGAAACUUGCCAGUUACAGAAGCAAGAGUCACUCAGGUCGGAAUCAGAAACACUUAGUCCUGCAGGUAUUGGGCCAUCUCCAUGCCUCCCAGAUCUCGUUGACUUUGUCACACGGACAUCUGGCAUUCUGAAAGAGAAACUGUGUUCUCCAUUCUCUGAUCCAGGUGACCCUCCUAAGUGUAGCUCCCUGGAUAUGGGACCACUACAGCUAGAAAUCCCGAAUGCCUCCAUCAAAGAGGUAGCAGUUUUUCAAGCAGAUGAGGACAGUGACAACCCUUUGAAUGUCGUCAAACCCCCAGUUUCAGGGUCCCCUUCAGAGGAGCAAGUAGUUGGAGGCAAUAUGGUCCUUCAGGAAAUGGCUGAUGAAGCUGCAGUUGAUCCCUUCCAGAACCAAACAGAAUCCAAUGUUCGUGACUAAACACCCAGGGCUCCUUGUGGAUGAACCAAAUUGGCUUCUAGAAAUUGGAUGCCCAGAUGAUCUAGGACUGGUUGGCAAUCUCAUCUAGAACCUACAUCAUGAGAUGUAGUCAACAUCUUAACAGUAAAUAUUUAUGGAAGCUAAAAUAUGUACCUCCUUUCCUUUUUUCCUUUCCCCUUAAAAUACAGACAAAUCAAUCAUAACUUCUGUAUGUAUCUGUAAAAAAAUAUUUUCUGUUAAUUUUUUUAUCUUUUGGCCAAAUUAUUUUCUCCUACUUUGUCAUUAAAGUCAGAUGUCUGCCUGCUCACCACAUAGUGUGCUUUGAUUGUAUUUUGGCUUUGAUGCUCUCAUUUCUGGAAUGUGGGGGAGGAGGGAAACAACUGACUUCUCCAAGUGCUGUGUGGUAUUCCUACCAAAUAUCCUGGGCAAUUGAUUGAUCUGUGGGAGAAACACCAGAAAGCUUGUUGAAAUGGAAAGCUUCUACUAAUAAAGAAAGAAUUGUUUGUCUCUAGGCUUUCAUUUGGAUGGGCCUGGUUUAACAUUGUUUGAAAUGCAGCGUGAGUAGCCCUUUUGUUUAUUGUUUAUUUACUUCCCUUAUUGGCAUGUCAAGUCCCAUACUUCCCUUCUUACUCUGUUGUUUGAGAUGGUCCUGCUGGCCCAGAAACCUAUUUGGAAAUGGCCUCAGUAAACAUGGAAGAAAAUCUGGCAGACUCACUUUUGGAAGACAACAAAUCGGUAAGGUUUAUUCAUGCAUGGCCUAAUCCCAGGAGCAGAUAUGUUUUGGGGGAAUCACUUUCAUUUUUAAAAUGACAUUUGCUCAUUGUACUCCAGUAACACUUUAUAUUAAAUUGUUUAGCAACCAUUUCUCUUCUGAAGAGGCAGAAGAUCUGAAACUUGAGAUUGAACUCAUCUGUUCCACAACCUAUGUGUAUCCCUUCCUCUACCUACCUCUCCCUUUCCCAAGUUAUUUCCACCACAGUGUGAUGUUUUGGGUUGUACAUUGUUAAAAAGAUUAAAGAAUUUAUAAGUUGGCUUGAACAUGUUUAACUUUAUUUUUAAUGUGUUAAUUUUAUGGAAUAAAUGCAUUAAUCUCA